AUUUUUCUUCCAGAUAGAUACAUCCACCAGAGAACUCAAAUAACAGAAAAUAGUGCUAUUAAACAUGUUUAAGAAACUAGUUUAUUUGCUAUUAAUUUUCGUUUUGUUUGCAGAAAUAGAAUUGGAAGCAAAUGAAGAUAUGUGUAAGGAUCAGUCUAUUGCUGUAAGAAAAAAAGAAUCUGUCAACAUUUCUAGCCCUGGUUUCGAGAAAUCUCACUACCCAAUGAAUGCAUUAUGUUCUUGGACUGUUGUUUCAGCUGAUGGAUCUAAUAGAAGAUUACAUAUUGAUUUCCUUAUGAUUUCUCUAUGGCCAACGUUCAGUUGCGUAAUUGAUGGUUUGGUGCUCUUUGACGGAGAUUCAAGUUCGGCACCUAUGAUAGGAACGUAUUGUGCAGGAUCUCCUUCAUCUGGCAUUACUACAUCAGGUCCGGCUCUACACAUAAUAUUCUACAGCGGAGAUUUUCCGCAACAACUAUUUCGGGGAUUUCUUUUGAAAAUUACGGAUAUGGAACCUGCUGUCGUUUGCACUGACGAUGAAAUUACAUGCCACGACAAAAAGUGCGUCAAGAAAGUAUUUGUUUGCGAUAGAAAAGAUGACUGUGGUGACGGAACAGAUGAAGAAACAUGUGGAUACAAAGUUCGUCAUUUAGUGCCUUGUGGGUUUACUCCUAUUCAUCCUGAAGUGGGAAACGGAGAUAGAAUUGUCGGUGGGAGAGCGGCAGUUCCUGGAAGUUGGCCAUGGCAAGUCUCUUUACGGAGCAGGGAAAAUAGUCUCUAUGGUCAUUUAUGUGGAGCGGUUCUUUUAAAUGACCAGUGGCUUGUAACAGCUGCUCAUUGCUUUAGAGACCUACACAACGCUAGUCAAUGGACGGCUCAUUUGGGUAAAUAUUACAAAGAAUUAGAAGAAGAACAGGAACAAGUUCGUUACUUAAGGAAGAUAAUUGUUCAUCCAAAAUACACGGGACUGUCAUUAGACCUGUGUUCACAAAUGAAUAAAGGCAAUGACAUUGCACUUGUGAGACUCAACGCUCCUGUGACAAUGACAAAAUUUGUGCGACCUGUUUGCUUGCCUCCAUGGCGCUCAAAGAUUUCUCCAGGUACUAUUUGUCACGUUACUGGAUGGGGAAUGACUCUUGGCAGUGGAAACUCGGAUGUUCUCAAGCAAGCAGCUGUUCCUAUUGUUUCAAACAAAGAAUGCAAUCAGUUAUAUGAAGCGAUUUAUGUGAGUAAUGGGAUGUUGUGUGCAGGUUUUUCAGUUGGAGGACAUGAUUCGUGCAAAGGGGAUAGCGGAGGUCCGUUAGUUCUUUACAGAAAUCGACGAUGGUAUUUGAUCGGACUGGUAUCCACUGGAGGUCACUGUGCUGCAGCAAUGCAACCAGGCAUCUACACCAGAGUGUCUUACUAUAAAUCAUGGAUAGCGAGAAUGUUAUUGCUUCAUUAAUAGCGAAAAUUCAAUUUUUCUACAUUCCAAACAUACACUGUUAAAAAUUCAGGAAACUUAUGGUAAAUAUUACUGUUACAUGGAGUGUUUACAGCACAAAAAAAAAUUAAUGUAAAUUGUAUCGAAAAAAAUA